AUGCUUGGACGCAUGUCUAUUAUUCCUCGAGAAUUCUUCGGCGCACAUUUUUCAUCCGUUAGCAUCGCCUCAACCCGGCCUUGUUCACGUAUAGCUGCGCCAUUGACGCCAUCUUUUAAGCAAGAUUCGACCAUUGAAUUGGAUCGAUUAUUUCCGCGUAUUGAGUUGGAAUACAGAGGCCAUGACAAGGCAGUUUUGAAAUCUUACACUACAUUUCUGAAGGCCGUUUGCAACCACCUGGAACUUGAGGUAGUUUCCAUAAAAGUGUUUCCAUAUGUGUGGUGGAUUCAAAAUGCUCUGAAAGCUAAAUUUGCAAAAAAGAAGAAUCAAAUUCAUUAUGAGACAAGAACACACAUCCGUCAAUUUACAAUCCGACAUGUUACGGGUAGUACAGCGAGUACAUUUUUGGAAUAUAUUCAACGAAAUAUACCAGAAGGAGUUGCAAUGAAAGUUACUUAUGAUGAGGUCGCAGCGUUGCCGGAAAUUAUUCGAAGUAAGAUGAAAUUAAUGCAGUUAAAUGAUGCAAAUGCUUCAACAGCAACUCCAACUAUGACCAAGGAGGAGAAAAUUAUCAUUGAAACGUUACUUAAAGAGGGAAACAAGCAUUCUACCGAUAAAGCAUCAACUUCUAAUGAGACGAACUUAUCACCAAACAGUGUUUAA